AGGCUGCCAUUUUUUGGAAGGCCCAAUAUUGACACGGUAACGAAGGGUGUUAUAAUACUUAAAGGACCUCUCGAAUAGCUACACAGAGGAAACCCCCGAAAAUACAAUACAAGACGACAAGACACUAGGAAAUAGUCGCGGGGGCGCCACAUCAGCAUCAUCGAUAAUAGCAACAUGACGCAGAAGACAGUGGCAUUCUUUGGUGCCAGCACCGGCGUCGGCCUCUCCGCCCUCCGGCACACCCUCGCCGCCGGCCACAAGUGCAUCGCCCUGUGCCGGACGCCGUCGAAGCUGACCGCGGUCCUGCCGCCGGCCUCGAAUCCCAACCUGCGGGUGGUCGAGGGCAACGCGCACGACGUCGCCGCGGUGUCGCGGUGUCUGCGGAAGGACGACGGCAGCGGCGCGCUGGUCGACGCGGUCGUGAGCACGAUCGGCGGGAAGCCGACGCUGUCGUGGAAGCUGCUCGACGACCCGGAGGUGUGCCAGCGGGGGAUGCAGGCGCUGCUGGGAGCGCUCGCGGCGCUGCGGUCGGGCGCGGACGCGAGCGGGCCGCCGGCGGCCGGCAGGCCGCGCGUCGUCGUCUGCAGCACGACGGGCCUGUCGCGCGCCGGCCGCGACGUGCCGCUCGCCCUCGCCCCGCUGUACCACGUGCUGCUGCGCACGCCCCACGCCGACAAGCGCGCGAUGGAGGACGCGCUCGCGGCCAGCGGCGAGCGCUUCACCGUCGUGCGCCCCAGCCUGCUCGUCGACGGCGCCACCGACCGCCCCGUCCGCGUCGGCGUCGAGGACCCCCGCGCGCCAGGUGGCCCCCGCCGCGAGUCCGCCGCCGUCGGCUACACCAUCUCUCGCGAGGACGCCGGCCGCUGGAUCGCGGAGAACAUUAUCCUCCUGCCCGACGAGGGCGCUGCCGAGGAUAAGUACCUGGAUAAGGUCGCGACAAUCACGUAUUGAGGACGGUGAUUAGAAACUGAGGGUGGGG